GGACUCCAGUGGGAGAAAAUAAAAAGCUGCAUCCUGGUCGUGCUACUCAGUGAAACCGAGUGAGCUGCUUAGACGUACUUAGACGAUUUUAUUAUUACAAGAAUCGUAGUGCUAUAGUAAAGCUUAGGCACAAAGACUGUAAGUACACAGUGGUUUGAAGUUUCACCACCCAAUGAAACUGACCAUGGUUGUCGUCACUGUUAUCUGGGCAGGUGUCAUAUUGUCAACUCUGCAAUGGACAAUCAUAGCUGGUGGGCCAGCAGGAGUAGACACCGGGACGAGAGUGGUUACACGGUGUAAGGGAGAGAACCUUGUAUUGACUGAAGGCAAUGCAGACGUUCCCUCCCGUGUCCUGGUGUAUCGCAAUGACAGACUUGUUGCCAGCACGUUUACAAAUGCCUCAAGGGACUUGCAGAGGCGACUAUUCGUAGACGCUCAGUCAUCCGUGACGCUGAGAAACCUAUCGACGAGUGACCUAGGAGUGUAUCGCGUGGAGGUCACACAUUCUGAUGGAAGCUCCGUUAUCAGCAGCAUGAGACUCGUGGUUGGAGAACCCCCUGAGAUCACCGGCAGCCGGCUAGUUGUUGUGUCCGACACUUCUGACCUCUCAUUAAUUCGUCUGAGAUGUGGUGCUGUGACCUUCCUAGGGUUUCCUCCUGUCUCUGUCAUUUGGAGGGAUCCCGUAGGACAGCUGUUGGCCAGCACAGGGUUCUCUGAACAGUACUUCACACUGGACUUACCCGUGACCCUUGCCAGACCUGGCCGCUACAGUUGUCACCUUGACUGUCGUGACCCCAACGAUUGUUGUCUUGACAACCAGUCUCCUCUCAGACAAUGGGCUCAGAUCGACGUGCAGAUAGACAAGAUGUCUAGUGAAGACAGUGUACCUCUGGCGAAUUUCUCCAGCCUCGUGCAGCGUGUGAAGGACUUGGAGACAGCAGCCACAUCACAAGACUGCGGUGACAGCGGCGUGGCCGCCAUGGCUUACCUGGUUCAUCGCCAAGCAAAGUGCGACCAGCUUGAGUCUUUCAUUGACCGACUGAGCGCAGCAGAAAAUACGAUUCAAAACAUAUUGCAGCGACCAUCAUACAGUGGCUGUCCUGUGGACAAAGGUUAUGUGCUUUACAACAAACGAUGUCUGAAGCUGUACACCAUCAAGCAAGACUACCAGACUGCCAGAAGGCGAUGUGAAACCGAUGGAGCUCAUCUCUUUAACUUGAAGUCACGUGAGCUGGACGGCCCGCCGUUGCUGUUGCUGCUGGACACGAUGGGACAAGAGCUUAGUUCAACGUUAGGUCAAGGCUUGUGGAUUGGAGCAGAUGAUACUGUAACCGAGGGUCACUUCCUGUGGAGCGACGGUACCACGUUGUUGAGAGGUUCCCCACUCUGGUCCACCGGCCAGCCAGACGACGCUAAUGGCAACGAGGACUGUGUUGAGGUCGCCCAGCCGAGCAACAUCGUGAUCAACGACUUCACUUGCUCUGUGAAGUUGGGCUUUGUUUGUCAGGCAGACAUCGAAAUGCAGUGAACGAGCGAAAAUUUACCGUCUUCUUAUCCUUCAGUUGUUUAUCUACUCUUACUCCGUGGUACGUUAUGACUCAUGAACGCAUUCUGGUCUUGUCUAUCACGACUGGUUUUAAUAAAUGAAAUAAAAUGCAUAU